AUGUCCCGGUUGACUACCCACCCGUACUUUCACGUACCUCUGUGGAGGUGCGUAGGCUGGGCCCUGUCAAGGCAAAGCACCACGCUGGAAUAUCUCGGAGAUAACGAUGUCGGCAACGAAACGCCACCCAAGAAGCGUACGAGAGCUAGCGAAGAGUUGGCAUACGGUCGCAACGAAGAUUUCAACGACAUGGAUGACAGCCACUAUUCUACGUCCACCUACAGCCAGGACCCUUCCGCGGUAUACGAUGAAACACUUUUGAGAGACCGUGAUGAACGGGGUCACCCAGAUUGUCGGCCGGAGUCAAAGCUCCAAAGGACCACAGAAUUGCCGGGAGGCGGCCCCUACAACGAGAACAUGAACAUUCGCAAUUCGUCUAUUGAGAACGCCAUUUUGGUCGAACAUCAGGCGUUCACAGCAAGCCGAACCACACCCGGCUCACCAGUUCCGGGCCCGCAAGCCAGGACGCCUGUGGCACGGACGUUGCUGAGUUUGGAGAAUGACCAUUGCACAAUGUCCUGCUGA